UUCAAGAUGGUGGACUGGUUGCGACAAUAACAGAUACAAGUAUGACUAGAUAAUGAAGAUUGAUACGGACUUACAGUUGAUAACACCUUUGUUCUGUUGUCACCUAUUGUAUUGUGUACGAUAUGAUAAUGACCGUGUUUGACUUUAUGUGUAUAAGUGUAUGUAUCAACGAACCAUUUCGUCAAACAACAGCUGUUCCUGGUUGAAAACGAAACUAGGAAAAUGGACGAAAGACGUAGACUGAUACAGCGGACUCCUGUCCCAACGUCUCCGAGUUCUCAGGGAAAUGGCUCGAGUGAAUGGCAGUAUAAACUUGGAAGAGGGACUAUAUUAUUGACAGUGGUUUUGGAAAGAUUUGUGUUCUAUGGUUUAACAGGAAACCUUGUUUUGUAUUUUAAUUUGAAUCCGUACCAAUGGACGGCGUAUAACGCCCUGUUAGCGUCCUAUUUCUUUACUGGAAUCUCAUUCCUCACUUCAUUUGUUGGCGGUUUUCUGGGCGAUGCCGUGCUUGGCCGGUAUAAGACACUGGUUCUCUCUUUUGUUGUUUACUGUUUGGGGUACAUUUUCCUCCCAGUCUUGUCCUACACAGAAUACAAACAUUCGGAGACCAACUCAACAUCCACAUUUUCACCAGUUUGCUGGCCAUUAUCUGUACCUGCAAAGAAGGGUGACAAAGAUGUUAUGCCAGCCGCUUUUAUGGAGCCAUGCUCCCUAACGGCUUACCUGGUGUUAUUCGUCAUUGCUAUUGGCACAGGAAUAUUCCGUGCUAACAUGCCCCCAUUUGGAGGAGACCAGGCUCAGACUUCUCGAGGUGAAGGUCAGACGACAUUCUUUAACUGGUAUUACUGGUCAGUGAACAUCGGCUCCCUCCUGGCUUUAUCGAUCAUCACCUGGGUUCAGCAGACACAAUCGUUCUUUAUGGGUUACCUUACGACCACCAUCUGCCUUGGCCUGGCCUUCCUAGUGUUUCUCACAGGCUCGUGUGCUUACACCAAUCGGCCAAAAGUGCGGACAGUUCUACAGAACGUAUGCAGCAUCGUCAAGGAAGCUGCACAUAGGUGGCGCCACCGGAACAAAGACAGUGGUCCGAGACUUCAUAGUAACAGCACUGUCGAGUCAUCAAUAACUGAACAGAUGGACAGUAUAGAGAUGAAUUCAGGCAAUACACCAACUUGUUGCCUUGACUACGCCAAAUUUCAAUAUGGUGGCAGCUUCAACAAUUCCCAGGUGGAGGAUGUCAAGAAAUUAGGAAAGAUAAUCUGUGUCUUUCUUGCGUUUAUACCCUAUUGGAUUGUGUAUUUCCAGAUGCAGACAACUUUCCUACUACAGGGUUUACACAUGAAACUAAAUGUGACGUCAGGCCCGGUCAUCAACAAACAUAAGUUCUGUUCUCUAAAUUCAACAGCUAGUCUAGUAAAUGAUAUAGACACUACAGCUAAAGAGGAUAAAGUCCAGAUUGUGGCUGCCUGGUUUUCUCUUUUUGAUGUGAUUUUUGUGGUUAUCCUCAUCCCACUGGUAGACCGAGUCCUGUACCCUCUUCUGGCCCGCCGAGGACACCCCAUCACCAUGGUAACCCGUAUCACCCUCGGUAUGUUCUUCGCCUGUCUUGCUGUGCUUGUUGCUGGUGUUGUAGAAAAUCAACGCCUCAAAAGAAUCUACCUGUGUGAUCGUGAUGGCCAACAGUUCUGUAAAAAUUUCACGAUAAUACAAAAGAUCGAUAAUUCCUCUUAUAAUGCUGCUGAUAUGAAUGUGUUCUGGCAGAUUCCCCAGUAUGCACUUAUUGGUGUCAGCGAAGUUUUUGCCUGUGUGGCAGGUUUAGACUUUGCCUACCAGAUGGCGCCCCGUUCCAUGAAGGGAAUCAUUAUGGGACUUUUUCAUCUGUUCACAGGCAUUGGAAGUUUUCUGGGGAUUGGAGCAAUGUAUAGCUUCCAGAAUGUGUGGUUUUUUGGUAAAGAUUCUGGUAACAUAAAUUGUCGAUUCUGUGACAGCAAUAACAAGGUCACCAAACAGUGUCACCUGGAUAACUACUUCUUCUUCCUGGGGGGUCUCCAGUUUGGCGGUAUGAUGUUAUUUGUUUUUGUCGCUCGAAAAUUACAACUGAUGAAGGAUUUACAUCUAGUAGCCUCCCCUGGGAACCAACAAACGCAUAAUGUGACUCCAAAUGUGCUACAUGAUAAUUCUUCAAUGAAUUCUGCUUCUACUUCACCGUCCAGGAGUACAUAUGGCCGAAAGUCUGAAUUACGAGUAUCAAUACAAACACAGCAUAGCUCUGAAAACAACUCCUAGCAAAAAUAUUGGACCAUACUAGUGAAGGUUUGAGAGGGUAUUAGUGAAAGUUUGAGAGGGGAGUAGUGAAGGUUUGAGAGGGCAAUAGUGAAGGUUGUCAUACUACAAUAUCCUGUUAUCAUACUACAAUAUCCUAUUAUCAUACUUCAAUGUCCUAUUGUCAUACAACAAUGUCCUUUUGUUAUACAGAUGUACUACAAUAUCCUAUUGUCAUACUACAAUGUCAUUUUACAAUUGAAUUCCACAGCGACCAUUUUACAUAUACUCAGAUAAGUAGCAGUUCCUGUGCAUUACAGUUUUUCCUCCCAAUGAGUUUUAUUAGAGAAGGUGAGCGUCUGCCUGUCCAUCAAUAAUUACCUUGUGAGCAGGAUAGCUUGAGUAACUACAUGUAUCAAACAAGUUUGUUUUUGCCCUUUGUACUGAUAUUAUUAUUGUACACAAUAACUCAUGUAAAUAUCAACCAAAUUUGAUGAGACUUUAAAUUUAUAUAUGGACAAGAUCUAGGGCCAGUUCGCAAAUCAAAAUUAUUCGACAGUAAUUUAAAGAGUUAUUGCCCUUUGUUGUAAUAUAUUUAUUGGAUCUUGUAAACACGAUAGAGUAAAUGUCAACAAAGUUUUAUGAAACUUUGUAUGCAGCCAUAUAUAUUGACAAGAUCUUGAAUGAGUUUGAAUAUGCAAAUUAUUUGACAAUAACUUAUUAAUAAGUUACUGUAUUGCCCUUUGUAAUAAAUUAUAAUAUUAUUAUUAACAAUUUUUUUAGCUCACCUUGCCCAAGGGAAAACCUUUUGAAAAACGCUAGUAGUCCUGAAAAACUAAAGGAAUUUUGAUGAAAUUUAGUCUGGAGAAUUAUUUGGACAAUGUUGUAUGUUGCAUAAAUGAAGGCUGUACGAGACACAAUAUGGGCAGGAGAAAGGGGCCCAAUAGGAAAAACACGCAAUAGGAAAAACACGCAAUAGGAAAACACGCAAUAGGAAAAACACGCAAUAGGAAAAAAAAAGAACAAUUUGAAAUACUUUUUCUUUUUCAAGAAUGACAGGAUUUAACUUGUCCACCUGAAACCUGUAACCUGUAACCUGUAGUUUGAAACAUUGUAAGAAGAGUCAGUUCAAAAUAUUUGAAAUUUAAUUUAAAUCAAAUUGUUUUGCCAGAAGAAAAUAAGGACUUUAUUUCUUCCUAUAUUUUUUUGUAAUGAAUACUUAUAACUAUAUAUGUCAUGUUUAAAUGUACAAAGAAUUAACAGAUAUUUGUUUAAAAUGUUCUUACCAAUGGGAGAUUAUAGUACUGUGAUUUAUUGUGUGUUAAUGCCUAUGUUAUAUAUGAUUUAUAACAUUAAACAUGUCUUCUGCA